UUGAAAUGCAUUUGGUUCUAUUCUAGUUAUCUCAGACGUCCAACCCGCACUUGAUUUUGAGCUCUCAGCUGACUUUUUCAUCGACUACAAAGAAAGUGUACACAAAAUGGGCAAGUUUUCUUUCAUCUUGGCUGUGAUGAUGAUGGCCUCAUGGACUGUCAGAAUCCAAGGGGAAGACGUGGAAACCGCCUGGCAAAAAUAUCUGGCUGAAUAUCCUAUGCCACUUCCAACCAUGUCCGAGUCAAACAUGCGCAAAACAAUCUUUACCGAAAUUCACGCCAAAAUUGAGCAAAACAACGCCCAAAAAGGCGCCAAUUUUGAAAUGACCCACAACAUCUUCUCGGUUAUGACUGAUGCAGAGAAACAAUCGUAUCUCGGAGCUCGACUACCUGUCCCACCUUCCAACUUGACUCGCGGCCCAUCCGUCGCCAAACUGCCUGCAACUAUGGACUACAGGAACGAUCUUUGCAUGCCACCUGUGAGGAACCAAGGUGGAUGUGGCAGCUGCUGGGCUUACACUGCCAGCGCAGUGGUCGAAUUUGGCAAAUGCAAAAAGAGCGGUGGAAAUGCCAUCGAUCUCAGUGAACAGCAGAUAGUGGAUUGCAGUCCCGGCAGCGGUUGUUCCGGCGGAUGGGAACACGACGCCUGGAAAUAUUUGGCUUCGUGCGGUGGUCACGCCCUCGAGUCCUCGUACCCUUACGCAGGAAGAGAUGGGGCCUGCAGGUUCAGCCCUACGGGCAUGACCAUCGGAGCUAAACUUUUAACUUCGAAUUCUGUCGAAUGGGUACCAUCGAAAGACACUUCCACCAUGAUGAAUAUCUUGUCGGAUGGACGAAUUCUUACCGUCUACAUCCACCUGCCCGACAGUUUCUUUAAUUACAAGAGUGGCAUUUUUGACGAUACCAAAUGCAACAGCGGAAGUGCUCACGCACUGAACCCCGUCGGCUAUGGCACCUUGAACGGUGUCGAUUAUUGGGUUAUGCGCAAUUCGUGGGGAGCUGGAUGGGGUUCUUCCGGCUACGUUCUCGUCAAACGGGGCAUCGACCUGUGCCUGAUUGAAUCCUAUGCUCGCACUACUAACAUUGACACUACCACAACAACUUCGCUGGAGAAUUUCUGCACAAACAGGCCUAACGGCAACUACGCUAAUCCGAACGAAUGCCAAUCUUAUAUUUCGUGUUCCAAUGGAUCGGCUUACAAAAUGAACUGCCCAUCCGGUCUGGCUUUCAAUGAGAAAUACAACAGUUGCGACUACAGCUUCAACGUACCUGGUUGUAAUUAAAGAACCUAAAACGAAUAGCUACAGUAUUUUCCCCCCAGACCCUUGAUUAUGAAUUAAUUGAAAUUUAUUUGAAAAUCGACUUUGGAUUCCUAAAUCCAUGUUACCUUUACUUGGCCAAUUCUUAAGUCUCCUGAAUAUACAGUAUAAUACCG